UCUCAUUUCAUCGCCAUUCUCUGAGUCGGUCCAAAAAAAUCAGAUAGCCGAAUCCUCCCCUCUUUCCUUCCUCUUCUUUUCUCUCCCUGCUCAUCGGCGUGCUGCGUGUCGCCGUUUGUUCUGCUGCGGUGGAUUCCGGCAAGAUCCCAGUUUCUUCGUCCUUCCUUGCUUCGCGUUGACAAAUUCUCCUCUUUUGAUCCAGCGUUGCUCGUUCCUUUCUCUGCUUGUUUUUCGUCUAUGUUGCAGAGCAUUAUCUAGUUUGUAAAUCUUCUCCCCUGUUUGCUUAGUUCACUGGUGUAGGUGAGAACUUCUUUUGUUUUUUUUUUCUGCCACGUUUUGAUGUUGGCGGCUGCUGUGUAUGUGUGUGUUUUGGAUGGCUGAAAACUGAAAUUAUGAUUUGCCCUUCCUUCGUUCCUUAUUUAAUCCCUUGGUAAAUGGCAUCUUCACACGAUGAUGAUGCUCUGUAUAAUGAGAAUGCUUCACAUGAUGAUGAUGAUGCUCCGUAUAAUGGGAAUGUUUCACAUUAUGAUGGUAUAGUAGUAUGCAAGGAAAAGAAUACGCGUGGUUUGACCAUAAUGAAAGAGGUGAUCCAUGCAAAGAGUUGGGGGCGGAAACUAAACAUUGCAUGGAAUGCCAAAGGUCAACCCAUUAACCCUGGAAGAUCUAGAUUUGUGAGUUAUAUUGGGGUUGUAACUCGGAGAGAGGUGCCCAUCAGUUAUAAUACUUGGAGAGCGGUCCCACGAUCAAACAAGGAAGCUGUUUGGGAAGAAAUAGAGAGUUCUUUUAAUAUUGAUGCAAGUCGGAAGAAAUAUGUGCUUGGAACAGCCAGCAGACAACUUAGAUCAUUCCGAACAGUCCUUACAGCCAAAUACUUGAGAGAUGCCAAUGGGAAAAUCAUUGAGCACCCACCUGCGAGAUAUGCACAUUUGAUAAAGCAGGAAGAUUGGGAUGCUUUCAUUGGGAGGCGUAAAGAUAAGUCUUUUAAGAAAUUAAGCGAGGAAAACCGGCAAAGAGCAUUAGAUCCACUUUAUCCAUACAGAAGAGGGCGCGUGGCAUAUGCUGACCUGGAGCAACAGCUGAUCGCACAGCAAGGAUCACAGAUAGUUACCUUAUCCCGUCAUAUUCUCUGGAAGGAAGGCCAUGUCAAUAAGGAAGGCCAAAUUGACAAUGAAAACGUCCAACGAGUUUGGAAAGAAUGUGAUGCCCUAUCACAAUCUUUUUCACAAGAUGAGGCCCCUAAGCACGAUGAUAUAUUGGCUAGGGCAUUGCAUGGUAUUGAGCGGCCAGGUCGUGUUAGGGGUCUCGGUUUUGGUGUCACUCAAACAGACUACUUUGGGAAACAAAAGCGUUCAAACUUUCAAUCAGAGAUUGCAAAAAUAAAAGAUAUGCUUCAGGAACAAUCCCAGAAAGUGGAGGCUCUUGAGCAACAAAUGCAGGAACAAUCCCAUUUGAAAGAAAUUGUGCAGCAGCAGGCCCUACUCAUUCACAAUUUGAUUCAGAUGCAGUUGCAAGUUGUGGGGAAGCAGGCAUCUAACCCUAACCCUAACGUAAAAGAUAGCUGCACGCCAUCAUCUCCGAAACCUGUUGAGGAGAUAAAAAAGAAAUCAAAAAAGAAAACUAGGAAAACAAGAAAAUGAUUUAUAGUUGGUCUUGGUUGUAUAGAAGUUUUUUUUUUUUUUUUUUUGGGGGGG